AUCGUAGUGAAACUUCCGCCGUACGGAUCGUUUGCGCGCACAUUCGGGUGCUCCACGGGCGUCACGCUUUUAUCUUCUUUUCCGUUUUUCCUAUUAAAUAUGUCACCAACGUUGAUCUGCUUGGUUUCUUUUCGGUUGUUGUGACUCGUCAUUUUGAUUGACUGUGGUUUACUUGGAUUAGGAUUUAUUUUUGCCAAUUAGUUUACCCGCGUCCUGGCUGCGAUGGAUUGAAGUGGAGAAGAUUUACGUCGACGAGUUUUCCCUGCACUCGUGCGUAUCCCAGCAUCCAUCUUCCACGUUGUAUGGAACAAUGUUGGAGCAUGCGCAUGGUAGUUUUCAUCUCAUUUAAAGAAGAAUAUCGCACUCCGCCAUCGGUGCGACGUGAAGGAAAACCGAGAAAUUGUGAUCGCAGAAAAGUCAACAGUCGCGGGUGCCGUGCAGUAGUGAGGAUUAUAAAUAAUUUUGGAUUAUCGUGCCAAAAAGUGCGCGCCAUUUAACGGCAACCGGGAAGGCGCUAAGGAUUAAAAGUGCAUUCCUGAUUUCCCAUGUAUCGCCUUUGCUGAAUUUAUUCACAACCAGCAAGCUCAGAAAAAUAACUAUAAAAUUUGUGAAAAAUCAGUGCCAAAACCAGACACCAACGAAGAUCAGGGUAAAAAGAAUAAGUGAAAGCAAAACAAACAAGUGUGCCAAAAGAUUAUUAAAAAAACUACGCCAUCUAGCUUGAAUAUUAAAGUGAGUGAUAAGCAUUGAUCGCAGAUUCAGAAUGAUCAGACCACUAGCGGCACUGUAAACGGGUGUUGCCAGUGAAUCAUCGUUGCAUAUCGCACGCACGUGCCCCUCCGUGUCCGUUGUCGCCGUUGCCGCCAGCUCUCUGCUACACGGCAAAUCAAAUGAGUGGCAAUCAUGUCCGGAAUUUUCAAAUAUACACCCAAUCGGGCGGCGGCCAGUACGCCCAACCGCCGGUCAGCGUUCGGAUUCGGAUUCGGUGGAAGUCCCGGGCAGCAAGAUGUUACCAUGGAUAAUUCAUAUACCAUGGGCUUCCGUUCGCCAUCGAUGAACGCCCUGGCCGGGCAGUCGAGCCCGGGUCAGGGCCGUUCCCUGCGCGAGUACGAAGAACAGAUGUCCGCCCUGCGGAAGGAGAAUUUCAAUCUCAAGCUGCGAAUAUACUUCCUGGAGGAGAAUGCCGGCAUCGGUGGUAACACGAGCGGCGGAGGUGUCGUUGGCAGUGGUCCCGGGAUCGGCCAUGGCACACCGCCGGAUGGCUCGGUUGCGCCGGAGAGUUUGUUCAAGCAGAACAUCGAUUUGAAGGUGGAAGUGGAAUCUCUCCGAAAGGACCUCCAGGAGAAGCAGGAUCUUCUCUGUCAGGCGGCUAAAGCAAUGGAAAUGAUGGAAGAAAGCCAACGUAAGACGGAACACCAUCACCAGGAAGUCCUAUCCGACAUGGAGCACCGGCUAGAAAUGCUUCAGCAGGAAAUCAAACAAUUGGAAGCGGCUGAUCGUCAGCAUCAACACCAGGAGCCACAUCUCGGAAGCAAUGCGACGCGAAGUGUGCUCAAUGAUACCAACCUGCUCGAUAUUUUGGAAAAGCAACAUCUCGAGAUGAACGUAGUCGAUAAGCUGCAAGUGCUGGACAUGGAAAACCUCAUUCGACAGUGUCGGACCCAGAACGAAGAGCUCUGCAGACGUAUCAGUGAUUUGAACAAACAGCUCGAGGAGAAGGAGCACAAAAUGAACGCAGUGGAGGUGCAGUUGAGUGAAAUGCGGUACGAAUGUGCCGAAAUGAAGGACAAGCUGGAAGAGAACGAUCGAUCGACCUUGGAUGCUGAGGUCCUACGACUCAAAAAGGAUUUGUUCCAGGCAAAGUCGGAACUGGCGGAAAAGCUGUGCCAACUGGAUGACACAGAAACCAAACUCAAGGAGAAGUCGUCCGAGCUGUUCAAAACGGCGAAAAUGGUGGAGAAGCUGGUGAAGACAAUCACCGAGCUGGAGAAGGAAAAUUCGCGGCUCAAACGAAACUCGAUUGUCUCCGACCCCGGCAGUACAGCAAACCACACUUCACCGGUGGCAAAAAUUGAGCAGCCCAUAUUCGACCAAAACCAACAAAUCGUAUCGCAGGAUGAAUACGACCAUCUGUGCCUAAGGUUGAAGGCUCUCCAAACCAAAAACGACAGUCUCAUCCAGAAACUCACCAGCAGUUCCAACGAUCGCAACGAGAACAUCAUAAUCAAACAGCUCAACGACGAAGUUAUCCAAGCGCGGGAAGAAGCCGAGAAAGCCCAACGAUGGCGUAAGGAAUGCGUCGAUUUGUGUGCCAUUUCAACAGGUCGAUUGGAGGAGCUUGCCGGUUUCCUGGACUCGCUGCUCAGGAAUGAAGACUUCAGCGGUACACUGUCAAUAGCCCGGCGCAAGGCCAUCCGCAAAGCGGUAGAUCGUAGUCUGGAUCUUUCGAGGAGUUUGAACAUGUCCAUUUCAGUGACCAGGUUCUCGCUACCGGAGAAUAGCUUUGCGAACUUAAGUAGUUUAACCGGAUUUUUGAACGCUUCUGAUCAGAGCCUCAUGCUUGGACACGAUGACGCCGAUAAGGAGAACAGAAUCACCGAGCAGACUAUGGGAAGCGCUGAAAAGGUGAUUGCCUCGUUGAAGGCUGAAAACCGUGAACUAAGAGGUCAAUUGGAGUGUCGUGGAAGCAGCAAGAAAGUUCACUCGGAAGCCAGGAGGAAACUUAUUCCUUUGAUGAAUGAACCUGUAUCAGAUUCAGAGGCAUGGUCCGAGCCAGAUCGGGACGUUUCACUGGCAAGAAUUGGACUAGAAGAGCGAUCAUCUUUAAAUCAUCCUGGCACACGCGGAAAGAAUGUACCACGUGGUCAUGCGGGGGUCUUGCAAGAGUUCAGCUCUACUUCUGAAAAUGAAAGCAACGCUAAUCAUUUGAGAAAACAAGGAGCUGAAUUGAAACAACUCCAGGAAGCCAUCCAGGAAAAGGAUAGCAAAAUGCUAGAAAUUCAGACUCGAAUGGUGGAUCUCGAUAAUAAAUUACAAGAAGAGAGAAUGAAAGCUUCACGAACUCAAGUUGAGUUGGAGAAUACUCGGCAUGUGAAUCAGCGACUGCAAAAAGAGAACAUCGAACAAACAAGUCUCGUUAAAAGUAGUGAAAAACGACUAGAAGAGCUGAACCGUGAAAUUCAGCAAAAGGAGGAAGCCGUGGAAAAGUUCAAAAAAGAACGGGAAGAGGCGUUCGUCGACUUACGCGUUGCAGUCAUGAAGCAUGACAGCCUGAAAUUGGAAUAUCAAGAUUGCCAGCAGAAGCAUAAGAGUCAAAUUGAUUCUCUUCUGGCCCUGGAACGGCAACGGUUAGAAGAACUGCGUCAGGACCUAACCGAAUCGUUCAACAACCAGUUGAAGGCUAAACAAGCCGCGUUCGAAACUAGUUUGACGGAGAGUUACAUUUCCAAGAAUAUAUAUCUGGAAAAAUUGAAAGAAUUGGAAGAACUGCACUUCAGGUUAGAAGACGCCCAUCUUAAUUUGGUGAACAUGUCUGAGGUUGAAAGUAAAUUAAAGGAACAGGUAACAGAAGCGGAAAGUUCUGUUCAAAAAAUGCGUAAAGCGUUAGAUGAAGCAACUCUGCAAACGUCCAAAACUGCAUUGGAGCGUACUAAGGCAAUGAACGAAAAGCGUUUGCUGGAAGAUAAACUUCAACACAUUCAACAUGACCUGGAAGUCAUCAAGGCCGAGAAGAACGAUUUGAAUAUCAAAUUAGUGGAAGCUCAGGCUAGGUUGCAACAAGUCCAGCGCUCACCUCCGCAGCGACUGAACAGCUCAUCUGGAGCAGAAUGUUCGACCGCUUCCGGGUAUGCCUCAGAAGAAUUGCUAACGGUGGCGAAUCGAAGGGCGAAGGUGGAAUCUACUUUACGACAGGAGAAUUCAUCGCCGGAUCUCGGUAUAGAAAGCGAUGCUGGACGAUUAUCAAAUCCGGAAACCCACCCAAGGACGUCCGCUGCAACCAUUGGCGAAGAUGCAGUUAGUCCAAAUAGGCCGCUUCUCAAGACGCUCGAACUGACCAAGUCCAUGAGCAACCUGCUGAUGGAUCCAAAAGAAGAAGCCAAACAAGAGCUCAAUUCGUCCAGUCAAGCCGGUGCUGACAGCAAACCGGUGGUACACGACUGUGCCAAAAUCGAGGCCGAUUUUGGCGAACUAAAGCGUCGGUAUAAGCAAACCCGCCGGCACCUGGAGCUGGCCUACGACAGUAUUAAGUCGUCCAACAAGCGUAAGGAGCAACUGGAACGGGAUAUCAAGCAGCAAAUUCAGAAGACCAACGUCGUCCUCAAAACGGUCCGAACCAACAUGACCAACGAGCUGGAGAAAUCUGCCUCCGGUAGUACGCUUCCUCAAACCGAAACCGGUCGCAGAAGCUGAAGGUGUGGGUGUGACGAGGAGGGUGGUUGCAAAGCAGAAGAUUGUAAAAUAUGUAGCUCGUCCAUUGCUAUAAUCUGUACAGACCGCUAAGUAGAUGGAGAUUUAGAAGUAUGUACAUUUUCCGAGUGUUUUGUAGAGAAAUUUGAUUUAACAUAAGUCCUGAUGGAUGAGCUAAAAGAUUAUUCUGUAUGUAAGGUUUAUUUUAUUUUUGUAGACUAUCUUUUUAUUUCUUUGGUAGUGAAUAAUUGACUGAAAAUGAAUUUCGUUUUUGUGAAUAUUGCAAACGCACUCGACACGCACGCAUACACACUUAUUUAUUUGUAUUCCAAUGACGGAGAUUCAAAUGGCUCAUGCUGUUUUGAUUAAAAUGUUUUUUAGAAAAGAAA